AUGGAAGUGAUCGCCAAGUGUCGCCGUCCCAAUGGAUCCCGAUUAAAGGUUGUAAUAGUCGUCAAGAACAAAGUCUGGCAGAGAGCCCCCGAGGCAGCUCCAACGACGCCGGGAGGAAUUUGGGACACGCGCGCAGUUGGAGAUGCAGCCGGAAGUGAGGGCAGGCGCAGGCGCCCAGAAUUGUCGUCGAAACGUGCUAGAAUUGUGUCAAGACCUCGAGACUAUCAGUCCAUGCACUCCAGUAUUUUGCCUCGUCUCCGCCAGGCCAAGCAGGACGUUCGGGGGAGGAUAGCGGAACCUCAAGGUCCCAAAGCAAUGGCUCCGUCAGCGCUGAUUAGGGGUGUUGGGUCGCCCCCUGCAGCGCAAAUAUUACUGCCGCUGGUGCCAGCCAGCCACCAGCCCGCCCUUUUAGAGGCUGGUGCAACGAACGCACAUGCAGGCGCAUCCUGCGUCACCGUUUUCGAUGUGCUAGGUAUUAGUGCGCGUGCGCCCAGCUCCGAAGCUCACGUAGGAUAUCCUGGAAUUCGUCACCGUGAAUCUCUCCACCAUCCUGCCAGCGAUCUCAUGUACAUCCUUUCGCCAAGCCAAUAA